AUGAAAGAUCCCGAUAACAGUGGUUACAUUUCCCCUAAUAAUCCUCAUGCAAUCAACAAUAUCCUUGUGGACGAUCUUGGCCGGGAAGAAAUCCUCCUACUCGUUACCGAUUCAGGAAAUGUCUGUGGCUACCGAACUGAGGCCAUUUUCUCGGCCAUAAAGCGGGCUGCAGAGAACGGAGAAAAUCGGCCAGUUGACAGCUCCCAGGUGGACCCUUUCUUUGUCGAGUCCGUGGAUGCCAGUGCAUGGGGCCUGGCGAUUCACAAGUUCGCUCGUCUAAUUGCUGUGAGCGCGAAUACGGGGCUCGUUACUGUUUUCGCAUUUGCGCUUGUUAGUUCCGCAUCUACAGGAAGCAGUGACUCCGGUCAGCGACUGGAGGAAGCCGAUGACUUGUGUGACUACGGCCAGACUUGGCUACAUAUAACAACGAGCGAGCAGUUCGUGCAGCUACGACAUGUGAUGCCAGAGAAGCAUCGCACGCGUAACAUAAAACUAACUUACACGGGUCACUAUGCAAACAUACCCUCGGUUUCUUUCCUAAAUUGCGAUCUUGACCCCAAUGGCACAUGGAUGGUUAGCACUGAUAUCGACAAUAAGCUUCUGGUCUGGAAGGUUUGGGAGAGUCUUGGUCCGUUCAAUGUGUAUCAUUUCAACGACAUUGGCUUCAGAUCUUUCCAUGACACUCUGCGUACUGAUGAGCGUGGCUGGUCUGUUAUUGCGCUUGACCCGCGCUCCUUUCACCUACUCAAGUCCACCGAGGAGGCAUGUGGUGGUAGGCCUCAGCGUCGAGUAAAGGACAGCCAACCGAUAUUCGACCUUACAAAACUAAGCAGUCGAGUGCCGAAUGCUUCACGACUAUAUAACUAUUUCCCUCCUGCAGUGAAAGUUGAGCCGGAACGGCUAAUCUUACCAGACAUUUUUGGGGCAGAUUGUCUGAUUAACAAGGAAAGUGGUGCCCUACAGGAUAUAGGCUGCUCCGCAUCCUCAGAAUCCGGCGGUAGCACAGAAUCCAACAAAUUCCACACAGCGGCCGGUAGCCUGCGCCCUUCAGACUCAGCUGAUGCAUUUAGUCAUCGUGCGGUUGAUGGCUCUGUCUAUGAGGAAACCAUGAGCCAAGACAGUUCUUCUCAUGGAGACGAGGACUUGGAGCUGCAACAAUCAUCCAGUCAAGAGACAGGGCAGCACAAUGAAUCAGACCAACAUACCGGCAAUUUGUCUCUUCAAAGACGCCGAGGCCCUUUGACUACACCAGAGUUCCUUCAAUUUGCGCUUCUAGAAGCUCUUGGAGGUGAUAUUCCCGGUGCCGAAGAGCUCCUGGACGAUUAUUCAGGCAUAGUGGAGGAUAACCUUUCUGAUGACCAAGAGAUGGAAGAUGAAGAGCCAUCAGUAGAAGGAGCAGUCGCAUAUCAGGUCUUUGAUCGUAUGUCACGUAAUGCCUUCCCUGAUGAUGAUGCUGGAUUGCAUGGGCGGAUGGAGGCGCUAACAGGUCUUCCACCGACUCCAGCUCCAGCUAAUUCGAACUUUCCCAUCCUCCACUUCUCCCAAACGGACAUUCGACUCAUUGCUCAUCCAUUUGCCCCCCACGCAAGCGUUGUCUGCGGAGCACCACUUCGACAGCCAUUCACUCACCCUAUCGUAUCAAUCCGAGCCUGCGAUCGCUUCAACAUGGUCAAAUACAUUCCUGAGCACGGUAUCGUUGUGGCUGCCUCUCAGAAAGGCCGUGCAGCGGUGAUUGCUCUGACCGAAUCCGAAAGCGCCGGCCUCACAUUCCGAGUGGACUGGAUAGUCCCAUUCGAGAGCCAGGAAAAGUACGGCGACCGUCCUCUCACCCCUCUGUUAGGCAUGGCUGUGAGUCCAAUCCAGGGGUUCGAGAUGCCACCCGACGUGCCAUUUAUUCCACGCGACCUAAGCGACAAUGACUUGACAUUUCGCUAUCAACACAUAUUGGACGACGAAGCGGACAAUAUCUCUUUCGCAGGGAGGUCGGCCGAUCGCUCGUUUAGCGACAUACGCACUCCGCCCGAUCUUCUUGGCCCCAGUAAACGUCAGACAUCGACACAUGUGUUUAACACCAACGAUGAAUCGGUAGAGGAACACAAGCAUCAGAGUUCCCCUACUGUGCCAGAGUGUCACGCUAGGGCAACACGCACUUAUCAACCAGAGGAGCACUGGCGUGGAUGGAGCCCAUCUCGACGCUAUCGUUUGCUCCUAAUGUAUGCAGAUCAUACAGUAAUGAGUUACGAGUUUUGGUAUAAUUGGAACACUGCGAGCACGGAAGAUAGUGAAAACGACGAAGACGAAUUCCUUAUUGUUUAG